CUUACACUCGAAUCAGUUGGAGGAGAGUGCAAAAAAAAAAAGGCAACUAUAUUUGGUAUGAACCACGACAGAGAGAGUGUAAUGACACCAAUUAGCUGUGGCAAUGGAAAGCUAAGACAGUGGCUGAUCGACCAGAUUGACAGCGGCAAGUAUCCUGGUUUAGUAUGGGAGAAUGAAGAUCGGACCAUCUUUCGCAUUCCAUGGAAACAUGCAGGGAAACAAGAUUACAACAGGGAUGAAGAUGCAGCCCUCUUUAAGGCCUGGGCGCUUUUUAAAGGUAAAUUCAGAGAGGGCCUUGACAAACCUGAUCCUCCCACAUGGAAGACAAGAUUACGCUGUGCCUUAAACAAGAGUAACGACUUUGAAGAAUUAGUAGAGAGAAGUCAACUUGAUAUAUCAGACCCAUAUAAGGUGUACAAAAUUAUUCCGGAAGGAUUAAAGAAAGGAAUAAAACAGCUUGGAUCAGAAGAUAAUCAGCUAAUCGUGAACCAUGCAUUUGCUGUACCUCAAGCCUAUAGUUCUCUACAGCCACACACUCAGGUACCACAUUUCAUGAUGUCCCAUGAACGUACCUGGAGAGACUAUGAGCAACCACAUCCUGAUCUCCCCUACCAGUGUGCCGGUGUCCCCUAUACAGCACGUAGUCAUCUAUGGCAAAACACUCCCUGUGAUAACAGUUAUCAAGUGACUGGCUCUUUUUAUGCUUGUCCACCAUCAGAAUCUCAAACUGCUGGACUACCAAUAGAACCAAGCUUAAGAUCCGGAGAAGCCAUCGCUUUAUCAGACUGCCGGCUCCAUAUCAGUUUAUAUUACCGAGAUACUCUGGUUGGGGAGAGAACAACAUCUAGUCCAGAAGGAUGUAAGAUUUCACAUGGACAAUGCUUAGAAAUAAGUCGCAUGGACCAAAUCUUGUUUCCUUACCCUGAGGAUAAUAGUCUGCGGAAAAACAUUGAGAAGCUGCUGAGUCACUUGGAGAAAGGUGUAUUUCUAUGGAUGGCCCAUGAUGGAAUAUAUGCCAAGAGACUGUGCCAGAGCAGAAUUUACUGGGAAGGACCUUUGUCCAUUUACAGCGAUCGCCCCAAUAAACUAGAACGAGAUGUGCCCUGCAAGUUAUUUGAUACUCAGCAGUUUUUAACAGAAUUACAGGCAUUUGCUCACCAUGGACGUCCAGCUCCAAGGUUUCAGAUCGUUUUGUGCUUUGGGGAAGAAUUUCCAGACCCCCAGAGAGGACGGAAACUAAUUACAGCUCAUGUUGAGCCUGUAUUUGCAAGACAGCUAAUUGGCUUUGCAGAACAAAAUGGAGGACAUUUUAUGAGAGGCUAUGAAUAUUCCGAUCUUAUCAGCAGUUCAGAAGAUUAUCAUCGACCAAUUCGCCAUGUCCCACUUCAGGAAUAAAUUGUCAAGCUAGAACCUGUAGGUUACUUUGUAUUAAACUCAUUAACGCAUCAGUUGAUAAAAGUACUGGGGCCAAUUUCUACUGUUGCGGAACUAUGUACAGUUGUUAAACUACCGCAGUUCAUGUUUGACUGACAAAAGAAAAAUAAAGACUUUGGGGGUCAUUUAUUAAGCUGAAAUAUGCCUAAAUUAGGCGUGUCUCAGGCGACUUUGCCCUGCU